AGAAAAAACAUUUUAUCUGCUCUCAAGAAUGACACGUUUCUAUUUUUGCUUUUUGCCUGGACUGUUGAAGGAGAUGGUGAGAAGCUGAACGUUCCUUCUUUUUCUGCAAAUUCAGAAAAGAUGGAGAUGAAAAUGGCGGAAGAUGUUUCUUUUGUUCCCCUCGGACGUAUUGCCAGUGUUAAAUUUAGCUUGGCCACACCUCAAGAAAUUGUGAGGGCAUCCAACCCCGAGCCUAUUCAGCAGUCAAGUCAACUCUGUGGGCCUUUGCUUGGACUUCCUACAGAGUCGAGAAAAUGUUUAUCUUGCGGAUCUUCAAAGUUUGAAGAAUGUGAAGGCCACUUUGGACAUAUUCGUCUUCCAACAGCAGUUUAUCAUCCGUCUCACAUACAAGAAGUAGUUCGCAUUCUAGAAAGAAUAUGCCUUAAUUGCUUCAAGCUAAAGAAGAAGAAGAUUUCGAAAUCUGUGAACAAAAUCAUGGAGACAAAAAUGCUCACCGAUGAGUUAAAAAGUCUUGAUGGUGUUAAGAACAGUAAGCCAAGUGAUUACAGAAGGCAUGCUGUCUUCGAAGCAAGGAAUAAUCCAACGGAUUCCGAUACAACUUCUACUUCUGAAGAGGAUCCAUUGUUAUGCUCUUUAAUUCCAGCAAGUCUGCGUAAUUCUUCUAAAAUCAAGAAUUUUGAGAAACAAAAUUCAAAGAAUUUGAAGCUUGCAAAGGGAACUGGAAAGCCAGGUACUCACCAAACCAAUCAAAGUGCUGUGCUGGGAAAGAGAAAAGUUAGUUCAUGUAUGGAAGGCUUGGUCUACAAUGAACAAGAAAAUUGCAAAUAUUGUGAGGAUUCUGACAAGAAAUCUGUAAAGGCAUAUCCUAAAAUUAAGGUGAAGAUUGUUCCUGUUGACAAUGGAACAUUCAGAGUAAUAGAUUUGUCUACAGAGAAAGAAAUCCCACCCAACUUUUGGAAUUUUGUGGAUAGAUAUUCUGGUUUAUGUUCAGAGAAUAAGUCCUUUCGAACCCUUCUUCCUUUCGAGGCCUUGAAAAUUCUGAGACAGAUACCAGAAACUGAAUCAAAAGGGUUUGGGUUAAGUCCAGAAGGACUUAUUUGGGAAUGUGUUCCAGUGCCACCUAACUGUGCCAGGAUCUCUGCAGCUUCAUUCCAAACAACAAGAGUUGGCACUGAUGCUGUAACUCAGAUGUUGAAAAAAGUAAUAAAUACUGUAGAAAGGAUUAGAGAGUCGAGGGGAGGCAAGCCCACCUAUAAUGCUAUCAAGCAUGAAAGUAAAGUGCUGCAGUCAAUGUGUUCAGAAUAUUUGCAAGCCCAAGGUGGUUUAAAGGUCAUUAGAGACAAGGAAUCUCUAGAAUUUAAUGGUCAUAAUGGAAAAACAAAAUCUUUUUCAAAUGUAUUGGUUAAGAGUAUUGAGGCAUUUCUGAAAAAGACUUCUGGAUUUUCGGCACGUGGUGUCAUAUCUGGAGAUGCAUAUAGAGAGGUGGAUCAGAUAGGAAUUCCCCUUGAAGUAGCAAGUACUAUCACAGUUGAGGAACGUGUAACAGAACAUAACAAAGAAAAGAUGCAGAACAUUGUGAAUCAAGGCCUUUAUAACUUAUUGGUUGAUAGGGGUGGAAAUCAUCGAUCAAAAGAAUUUCUUGAAAUGGCAAAGGGAGUUGAGAUUGGUGAAAUAAUCCACAGACAGCUUGCAGAUGGGGAUAUUGUCUUUGUUAAUAGACCACCAAGUAUACACAAGCACUCUUUUUUAGCCUUGAAAGUUUGCAUUCAACCAAAUUGCAAUUUCAGUAUCUGCCCUCUUAUAUGUCCACCACUAGAUGCAGAUUUUGAUGGAGAUUGUAUACAUGUAUUCGUACCACAGAGUCUUCAAUCACGAGCUGAAAUUUCUCAGCUCUUAACUCUAGACCAGCAGCUUAUUGAUUCUCAGGGUGGACAAAUGUUGCUCAUGCUCACACAAGAUACUUUACUUGCAGCUAGCCUUAUUCUCAGUAUGCCCUUUCUUAAUCAGAUUACAAUACAACAGCUGUCGAUUUGGACAUCAUCGGCUUUGCCCGAGCCAGCAAUCAUUAAAUCACCUCAUGGAGGGCCUUAUUGGACAGGUUGCCAACUUUUUCAAAUGUUCUUGCCUCCAGAUAUUUAUUGUUUUGGAAAUGGAGUUAAUAUUUAUAAAAGUGAAAUUUUAUGCUUUAAUCGAGGUGCCAAGCAAGUGGCCAGUUCCAUUGAACUGAUAUUGCAAACUCUGAUUUUGCAAAAAGGACCAAGUGAAACAUUGAAUUUUUUGAACUCGACACAGCAUUGUUUAACAGAGUGGUUAUCUCAACAGGGACUCAGUGUGGGUUUGGAUGAUGUACAUCCAUUUCAUGUGUUGCCCCACAAGAUAGCUUUGAUUGAUAGCAUUAAGAAAUGUGUUGCUGAUACAAUUCCUCUUUUGAAGCAUAAAACGAUUUCAUGUUAUGAGGUUGCAGUAGUUCCCUAUUUACAGGCUCAUGUUGGUGAGGCUUAUAAUAGAAUCCAGAAAUACUUUUCAAAUUCCAAUUCUCUUGUUGCAAUUGUUGAUGCUGGAAGUGGGUGUUCUAUGAAUAAGGUGGCCCAACAAACAGAGUUCUUGGGUCUUCAGACAUUUAAAGAUAAAGAACUCGUACCCAGGGAAUGGAGGGAUAGAUUUGUUUCGUCACUAAAAAUCAAUGAACCUUCCAAUUAUGAUAAUAAUAUUUGUGAAGCUCAUGGUCUUAUUCUAUCCUCUAUUGCCAAUGGUUUAAAGCCUCAAGAAGCAUUUAUUAAUGCAAUCUCUUCAAGAGAAACUCUUUUUUGCAAGGCAAUAGAGGUUAAGGAACCGGGCACACUUUUUAAGAAACUUAUGUCAUUUCUUCGUGACAUUGUUAUCUCUUAUGAUGGCUCUUGCUGGACUACACAAGGAAAUCACCUGGUGCAAUUCAAGUAUGAUUGUAAUGUACACCCAAAAUAUUCAGGAAGCAAGAAGCUUUUAUCAGAAUGCCAGUGCGACAAUACCAAGAUAAAAGUACAGUGGCAGCAAGGAGACCCUGUUGGGGUUCUUGCAGCUACUGCAAUAGCAAAUCCAUCAUACAAAAUUCUUCUUAAUGCUGUUCAAAAAAACAUUUCUUCAUGGCAUCUUCUUAAGGAAACCUUGUUCCAUGGGUUUGGCUCGAAACUUUCUGAUCAAACAGUGAUACUUUGCCUGCAAAGUUGUGUCUGUAAAGGUGCAUACUGUUUAGAGAAGACUGCGCUGAAAAUCCAGAGACAUUUACAAAAAAUUCCUCUCAAAUUAUUUUCAGUUUCUGUUGAAGUCUGGUAUGCGGAUACAGAUACUCUAGACAAUUUUGCAAAGAGGUCUCUCUUGAUUGGAUCCCCAUAUAUUGGACGUGUACAACUGGAUGAGGGAUUACUUAAGGAAGCAAACUUAUCAAUAGAUUCUUUACUUUUGAAUCUCAAGAGAUCAAUCAAAUCAAAAGGGAAUCCCUUGUAUCCCUUGUCAGACAGACUUACCUUUUGGAUAAGUGAAAGAUGCAGUGGUGGGGAAAAAUCUAAAGAAAAGGACAAUCCUAAGCCAUGUCUGCAUUUUGCCCUGGAAACAAGUGACGAUUCACAAGAAAAGGAAGAUAUGGUAGAUGUCUUGGUUAAUGUGAUCUGCCCUAAUUUAAUGGAGACAACUGCUAAAGGUUAUGACUGUAUACAGUCAGUAAGGAUUUCGUGGAGCCCUGUGAAUUCUGCAUCUUGGGUUCCAUUACAAAUUGGUGAGCAUGAAUCUGUUGAGGGUGAAAUCAUUAUAGAAGCAAUUGUUGAGAAAAGUGAAGUAAAGCAGUGUGGUGAUGCAUGGAAGAUUAUUCACGAGGCAUGCUCAUCUUUAAUGGGUUCACUGGAUACUAACAGAUGCAUACCUUACAACAUCAAUGCAAUAUACAAAUACUUUGGUAUUUCAGCUGCUUAUUAUAUUCUACUUCAGAGACUCUGUUAUUCAGUUAACUCCAUAGGAAGCCAUGUCUAUAAGGAGCACUUGAUACUGAUUUCUAAUUACAUGUGUAUCUCUGGAAAAGUUAUUGCGUUCACUCCUGCUGGCUACCGACAUUUACUUGAAAGCAUGAGAUUGUCGGCACCAUUUGCUGAAGCUGGAUUGGGGAGAUCUUUAAAAUGCUUUGAAAAUGCUGCUAAAAGAAGUCAAGAAGAUACACUUUCUAGUACACUUGCCUGCUGCUCCUGGGGCCAAUUUCCUUUGUUAGGCACUGGUGGGAAUUUCAAAGUUUUGUGGAAUAACAAUGAGGCUUCUGAUGAUCCUUCAGAUCAAGUCUUCAAGCAUGAAGAUGUCUAUGACUUCUUGGAAAAUAUUGGUACAAUACCCCAUGGAAACGAUGGAUUAUCCUCCGAGAAUUAUCUUGAUGAAACUUUAUGUGGUGAAAUAGAUGAUGAUAGUGAGUCUAUAUCUCCAGAUGCCGUUUUUGUAGAUACCUCAAGGAAAAAGGGGAUGGCUAAUUUCAUUGACAAGGAUUUCACACCUCUCUGUGAUUUAUCUGCUAAAUCACCCAAUAGAAUCAAUGGUAAUAAUAAUGCUAAUAACUUAUCUGGUUGGGAGGCAUCAACAAUGUUAGACUCACAAACAGAUGGCUGGGCUUGUGGUUCUUGGGCAAACAAGGAUGCCGGUGAUCAAAAUUCAGUGAGUCAAUUGAAAAUUGCUACUAAGUGGGACACCAACUCAACUUUGGUCGAUGCUACAAAGUUAGACAACAAUCAACUAAAUCCUUGUCAAUAUUCUAGAUUGCAAACAUGUAAAGUGUAUAAGAAGAAGAAGAAGAAAAAUUUGGAAGUCAAUGAUGAUAUGCGGUGUUGGAGUGAAAAAGUGAUUGCAUUGCAGGCAUCAAAGGAUCCAGAUUUUCCUCCAGGCUUUCCUUCUGUCAAGGGCGGUUACAAAGAAGAGACAGUUCCAUUGCAACAAAUAGAGAGUGAAACCAGUUUUCCUUCUGAUACUGACAUUUUAAAGACCUCUAGAUGGAAAGAUUAUGCAGACGAACAAGGUCAACAUGAACUGUUCUCUUGUGAUAUUAAGUCUGAUAACACAUUGAAAUCUAAGCUGACAAAUGCAAAUUUAAUCCUUGGAAAAGGUUCACAUGGUGGAAUUCAGUGGGAAGCAGAUAACAGAAGUACUUCACAAGAUGUAGAACAAAGACAAAGAACAUCUGAAGAGGCUCAAGGUACCGGGUGGAGUGUGGAUCAGCAAGCAGAUGUUUCAGAAACAAGCUGGACAACUCCUGAGACAAGAUUAAAAGAGGCACAAGCUACAAGGUGGAGGAUGGAUCAAAGAAUAUUUGAAGAGAAACAACCUACUGGGUGGAGUGUUGAUCAGCAUGCAGAAGUUGCAAAGAUAAACUGGACAAUGCUAGAGACAAAGGUAGAGAGACUUGGCAAGGACAGAUCCUUAGAGAAAAAAGUGUUUGAGCAGGAGCAGGUAGAUCAUGACCAAAGUAGGGAGCCUUCAUGUGCUGGUAAUUUGACAAGUCCUCUCUGCAAUAAACUUCUUAAAGCAGAACAAGAUGAAUGCAAACUCUCUUCCUCAUUUAGAAGCCACAAAUUUAAGCCAACAGGUGCAAACCUAGUCCCAAUUGGGACAAGAUCACACAAAAGAGCUCAAUCAAAAUCAUAUGAGAAUAGUCCUGUACGGGAGUAUUUGCAGGAUCAAGCACCAUCCACAGAGAUGCAACAAAAAGACUGGGAAUUAAACUGUAAUGUAGAAGAACAUAGUUGCAAAUCUUGCAUGGCUGGAGAACCUGAUGGAAAAUGCCAUUAUUCAGAGAGCAAUGCUCAAAAUGCAUUGCUUUUGGGAGAAAAUUUCAAUGUUAGUGUAGAUCUUCACACACCAAGAAGAUUUGGUGAAGACGUACUCAUGAAUAGUAGUAGCAAUCUAGAGACAAAGAAAAAUGCUGUAUUGAGUGAGAAUAAAGCUGCAAGAUGCAGCUUGGAAUCAUCUGGUUGGGGAUUAGAAAAACAGAAUGACUCUACAAUGUGGACAAUGCUAGAUACAAAGGUAGAAAAACUCAGUGAGGAGAGGACUUUAGAGCAAAAUGUGUUUGAGCAGGAGCAGGUAGGUCAUGAUAAAACUAGGGAGCCUUUGAGUGCUGGUAAUUUUGCAAGUCCUGGCUGGACUAAACUUCCCAAAGGAGAACAAGAUGAAUGCAAACACUCUUCCUCGUUUAGAAUCCAUAAAUUUAAGCCAACAGGUGCAAACCUAGUCCCAAUUGGGACAAGGUCACACAAAAGGGCUCGAUCGAAAUCAUAUGAGAAAAGUCCUGUAGGAGAAUAUGUGCAGGAUCAAGCGCCAUCCUUAGAGAUGCAACAAAAGGACUGGGGAUUAAACUGGCAUGUGGAAGAAGAUAGUUGCAAAUCUUGCAUGGCUUGGGAACCUGAUGAAAAAUGCAAAUAUUCAGAGAGCAAUGCUCAAAAUACAUUGCUUUUGGGAGAAAAUUCCAAUGUUAUUGCAGAUGUUCACACACCAAGAAGAUUCGGUGAGGAUGUACUCAUGAAUAGUAGUAUCAAUCUGGAAACAGUGAAAAAUGAUGUAAUGACCGAUAAUAAAGCUGCAAGAUGCAGCUUGGACUCAUCUAGUUGGGGAUUAGAAAAUCAAAAUGACUCUACAACGUGGGAAACGCUGGAGACAAGGGUAGAAAGACUCAGCAAGGACAGAUCUUUAGAGAAAAAUGUCGUUGAGCAGGAGCAGGUAGGUCAUCAUAAAACUAGAGAACCUUUGAGCACUGGUGAUUUGGCAAGUCCAGUCUGGACUAAACUUCUUAAAAGAGAACAAGAUGAAUGCAAAAUCUCUUCCUCAUUUGGAAGCCAUAAAUUUAAGCCAACAGGUGCAAACCUAGUCCCAAUUGGAACAAGAUCAAAUAAAAGAGCUCAAUCGAAAUCAUAUGAGAAAAGUCCUGUACGGGUGUAUGUGCAGGAACAAGCACCAUCCUUGGAGGUGCAACAAAAGGACUGGGGAUUAAACUGUCAUGUGGAAGAAGAUAGUUGCAAAUCUUUCAUGGCUCAGGAACCUGAUGGAAAAUGUCUUGCUAGUGUAGAUCUUCACACACCAAGAAGAUUUGGUGAGGAUGUACUCACGAAUAGUAGUAGCAAUUUAGAAACAGAGAAAAAUGAUGUAAGGACUGAGAAAAUAGCUGAAAGAUCCACCUUGGAAUCAUCUGGUUGGGGAUUAGAAAAUCAGAAUGACUCUACUACAUCUGGUUGGGAAUUACCAUGUCAGAGUGACCCAUUUCCAGUAUCUGGUUGGGAAUUACCAAAUGAGAGUGACCCUCCUACAAUUUCUAAUUGGGAAUUACAAAAUCACAGUGUGUACAGACGAAAUGAAAAUAUUUGUAUGAAGAAAAGCAUGGAAGAUGUAAGGCCUACCGAUGACAAAACUGCCUUUUCUUCUUCGAGGUCUACAAAAAGGAAUUGGGUGCAUAUGACCCAUAAAAAUGGGAGUGCCAGAAGUUCAAGAAAGACUGAAAGUCUUACAGGAGGAGUAAUUGACAGACCUUCCAAACUGCAGGAAAUUUUUUAUGAAAUCAAUCCAUUAAUGCAUUUGAUGAGGAUGAUUCUUCAUUAUGGCAGAUACAACAGUGGGGAUAGAUUAUGGCCUGAAGAUGAAAGGGAAGUUCUUGAAAAGGUUCUUAUUCACCAUCCAGAAGCAGAAGCAAAGAUGGGUUGUGGUGUUGACUUCAUAGUGGUUGACAACCACGCACAGUUUUCUUCAACUAGGUGCUUCUAUAUUGUAAGGAAGGAUGGAACAAGAACAGACUUCUCAUAUUUGAAGUGUUUGAAGGGCCUUGUUGAGAAGAAGUUUCCAGAUUCUGCCAAGGAUUUCAUAGAGAAUUAUAUCAAAAGAAACUAGAAGUGAAGAUUGAGAAUGCCCAUGAUUAUAAGGGGCUUUUGAAUCUCAGAUGUCGUGGCCAAAUUUCCUUCCACUGGUAAAACUAGGGUGUAUUUCUGCGUAUAAGUUCAACCCCAGGCAAUAAAAUUGAACAUCAUGUUCAGCCAUAUCAUAUUUUUUUAUGAUUUAUACAGAACAUUCACAUACAAUUUACAUGGCCCUUGAUGAAAAUCCAAGAUUUUUAAUAUGUAUUUAGAAAUUCAUGUAGGGGUGUUUUAUCUGAACAGUAGAAGAAUUUUGAUAUUCUACAAAGUUUGCCCUGUCCCCCCAUUGUAGUGGCAGGGGUGGUUCACGUGGACUACCCUCUAUUCUAUCCUGAGCAGAGAGCUUAAAAUAUUGCAAGCAACAUCGGACAUGGAAGACAUACCCCAUCUAUUUAGGAGUAGCACCUCCUCAAAACAGAAAAGAGAAUUUGUGACUAGCCUAGUUAUUAAGUUUUCACAUGACUUUCCCUAAUGUUAA